AUGUCUAAAAAAUUAGGUGAACUUGUGGUCGUUGCCAUUAAGGCUCGCAAUUUAAGUGCUCGCGAUGUCAUCGGUAAGGGAGAUCCUUUUACCACAUUUCGGAUAGGUGAUAUGGCUAAAAGAACAAAAACUGAUAAACGAGGCGGGCAACAUCCAGUAUGGGAUGAAGAAAUACGCUUUCAACUUAUGGAUGAACCAAGGCAUAAAGUAAUGAAGAUUCAAAUUUACAACGAAGAUAAACGGGAGCAUAUUCUUGUGGGUGAUGAAGUCAUUAAAUUAGAUGAGGUGUUAAAAACCGGCGAAUGGGAUGCGCCUGUAGUUCAAAAUCCACCUCAGACUUCGGUUCCCUAUAGGCCCCCAACUAAUACACCUGCACCUAUACCAGGUUCAUAUCCUCCCCCAUCUACUUCACCUCAGCCCCAAAAUAAUACACCAUACCGUCCUCCGGUUUCGCAAUCAACAUCACCUUAUCCUCCACAAGGAAAUUCUGCGCCCUAUCCACCACAAGGAAAUUCUACUCCAUAUCCACCACAAGGAAAUUCUGCUCCCUAUCCACCUCAAGGAGCGUCUACUCCUUAUCCACCUCAAGGAACGUCUGCACCCUAUCCACCUCAAGGAACGUCUGCACCCUAUCCACCUCAAGGAACGUCUGCACCCUAUCCUCCAACGUCUGCACCUUAUCCACCUCAAACACAUCAGGGUGCGUCUUCGCCCUUUUCGCCUCAAACAUCUGCACCUUAUCCACCUCAGGGAUCUCAAGGGUAUCCAGCAAUGGCACCGCCACCGGUUGGAGGCCAUCCUCAACCACCUCCAAAUGGUAGUCCAGUGUCAUUUCCGUUACCUAUACCAACACCUAAUGCACCAGCUCCGAAUAGUGGAUACCCUCAGUAUAAUGCAGGUUCUAAUUAUCCUAAUUAUCCUACACAAGUACAAGGCGGUUAUCAACAGCCACCAUAUCCACCUAAUAAUGUUUAUCCACCUCCUAAUAACCAAAUGUAUCCACCACCAAAUUUUGGCCAAGGAUACCCACCUACAGGAGGUCCUUAUUAA